AUGGUCUCCGUUCACGAGAACAACUUGUGGCUCGGAAACCCUGGCCACAGAUUUAACGGCAGGUCAGGUUCAAAAUUAUUAGGGAAUUGAAAAAAUUCCUUAAAACCGGAUUAUCCCCUUCCUUCAUGUAUAAAAUUUGAAGAAGUCGUACUUUUCUACCAAAUGAGUAAAAUAAUGACUGACUAUUCAACUCGGACCACGUACACAGACGCGUUGGGAGUAGGGCCACUACAGACUUAGACCUACUACUGUCUACUUCAGGAGGAAGGACUGGAAAAGAGUUCAUAAGGCAUCUCUUGACGGCCAUGCUGGGACCUUCUCCGUGUCUUAAUUUAUGCGGAAAAACGGUCUUUUGUAGGCAGUACCCACUUCACCAUUCUCAAUGGUCUGCUUAUUACCUUUUUUCACACCUGUAGAUCCCGUACGACAUAUUGGGCAGUAUAGAGAGUGCCAUGCAGAAAUAAUCCGACAAACAGCGACUGAAUGAAUUAACGUGGAUCGCGAUUUAUAUUACAACGAUGAACACUGAAUGAACAAUACGAUCUCUGUAGACAACAUACUCUCUGUGCAUACUCCUUUACCCCCUUUUUAAUUUACGUGUUAUACAAUGAACUACCACAUGAACCUACUUGCUGAUCAUAAUUUUUUCCUAUAUAAAUGCGGGACUUGUAAGUGCAGAGUAUUUCUGCUGAAAUUCUGCCUACGUCUCCCUUGUCUUUAUCGGUAAUGCCAUUCUGACUAUAUCAUGCGUCGCUGUGCGGCUGCUGGUUGGGCUCGAGAGAGAGCCCAUAAGGCACAACGGAACGAGUGAGUCUUAUAAGAACGAUCGGUGAGCUUCCCUCUACCACUCCACUGACAGUGCUGGACGCGGCUGUGUUGCAUUCAGUAAAUCUUAGUGACCAGGAUAUUCCACGUUCCUAUGUGGAAUGGUACCACCUAUUGUACGGGGGAUUCCGGAAGAUGAAAAACCGAUAUCGUAAACGGGGAGGGGAGUUAUCUUGCGGAGAGACUGGUGUACUGUGUGUCAUAAUUGAUAUUCCCCAUCAAAACCGACAGGACAACGGGUCCGUGGCUCAAUGGUUGAGUGUCAAACUCCAUGACGAAAUAUUCCGAGUUCGAACCUCAAGUUAUAAGCCAGAAAUGGCCACUCCGGUCUCCCUUGUCUUUGUCGGCACCAUCUCAUCUAGUCGCUGUGCGACUGCCUGCGAGGGUUCUAGUAUGUGCCCCAUGGCACAACGGAACGAGGACGUUCCGCAACCUGAUCGGUCAGCGUCCAUCUGUCAUGAAUGGCGUCCCUAGACCCGUCAUAGUCCCGUGCAUAGUCCCGCCCAAUUGAGGCAUAAUCCCUUCGGGUCCCGGAGAGUUGACGGGUCCAGACAGGGCUGGUGCUAUUAGGGUAUAUAAUAUAUUUGAAUUUAUAAGGUCAUCGAAAAUCAAUAGGAAAAAAUUCCUGCUAAACAAGUAGUCAUUUUUUACAGAGUGUAGUUUUUACAGGCGCCGGAAAGAAUUUCCUUCGAAAGUCGGCAUCCUGUAGUAACCAAAUUAUCAUGGGAUUAUCUUCUGCGGUGAUUAAUUUUACAACCAUACUUAAGUAAUCUUUCACCGCUGAAAACACAUUUCUGAAUUUCGGUUAACGCUUCAUGAGUUAGCACACCUACAGUUAGUCGCCUUUGCAGAAGGACGUAGCUUUACGAAGCUCCGCACAUCCGUGAUGAUUAAUCCUUCUUGCAGAAAGCCCACAGCUCGCUCUUCCAUUUAUUCACAUAAUUUUAAAAGGCGCACACGAUGCCCGGCUUGUGGAAUGGGCGUCAUCGUAACAACGAGAGGACUUACUGCAGCACACGCUGAAUGCCCUUCCCGCUACUCGGGUUUUCGCAGUCAAUAAACUCUCCACUUUGCUUUUGAAUGUGAGGGGCUACGUUAAGACCAUUUUUGAAGAAAAAUGUCUUCUGAUUCUGCAAUCCGCGUGGUCAUCAUUUCCUGGGCGCGAAAUUCGAAUUCCGAUUCGCGCGAGGGACAUUUCCCAAUGAAUUCUCUCCACGGAUAACGGCUGCCUUCCACAAAAAAUUGAACUGCAAAAUACCACAUUGGCUUCCAUCCUCUGCUUUGUUCAAAAUGCUUUCUCAAGCUAUUUACUGUCGCUCUGAGUUAAAUCUGCAAAAGGCAGAGCCAUUGUUUUUUUAACUCUGUUUGCCGAGCUGAUUAAAGUCCAAUCUUUAUCAAUUUACUGAUACAGGUGAAAACGUCCAACAGACCCUCCGCGGCCACUUGAACGCACCUCCCCCCUGCAACCACAGCCUAAGCCACUGGGACACCAUCCCUCGGCAAAUGCAACACACACUGACUGGACACCACGUGAGUUUGGCCCAUGAGCCUACAAAAGCGGCUGCCACCACCACUGUCCCAUGGACUCUCCGGCAUGACCAGAGGCAGUCAACACCAGCAGUGGCUUCGCCGGUAACCACUGCCGCCUGAGAGGGCAUCUCCGGAUUCUGUGCACAAUAAAGCCCUCACUCUGGUGAUAUCUGCCUCGGGAUUUGACCGCCUGAUUGUAACGCGCUGAUUACACACUGCACUGGUUAGAGGCCAAAAAGUCCACCAGACUAUGCACUGACCCUAUUGAAUACGGUACAUAACAUAUAAAUGUUAAAUGUACAUCUUACUAAAAUUGUGUCAUUAACAUAUUUGUUCACGGAAAACUUUUUCACAAUACGGGACUGCGAAGGGUGCGGCAGGCGGUGUUCUCAGUGUACAUAUGAAAUUUUAAGUGUAGUUAUAUACAAUCAGCAUCAAGUGCAGUCAUUUACAUAGUUUGAGGGGAGACAUUUCAUUAAAAGUCAGGGAUGUGUUUAGAAGGGAUGAUAUCUAUAAAUGAAAUUUAUGGCUGGCCGCAGAUAAUCCUGUUGUGAAAGUCGUCGUUUUUCAAAGAUCAAACGAUCCAGCUGCCUUUUGAAUACAGCGAUUGUAUCAGAUGUCACUAUUCCACUUUGGAGUGAGUUUCAUGGUCGAACAACACGCUGGCUGAAGGAAAACUUCCGAUUGUCUAGGCGUGUACGCUCCCGCUUGACUUUGUACGGGUGACCGCGCACGUGACUCGUGGUCGUGAAUUUAAAUAAGUCGUCAGUUUUCAGCGAACAUUCAUGCCCGUGGAUAAUGCAGAAUGUCCAUAACAGGUCACACCUCAUUCGUCUAUAGGAUAGGGCAAACAAAUUUAACUGGAUCAGUCUUUCAGGGUAUGACAGAGUCCUGAGACCGUUCACCAGUUUUGUGGUCCGUGGUUGCACCUGCUCUAUGGCAUCACUGUCUUUCUUCAUCCACAUCCAGGGCAUCCAUAAUGGCAUUCCGUAUUCCAAGUGCGGUCUAAAUAACGUGCCGAAUAUCUGUGAGAAGAGUUCGGGAGGAAAGAUUCUGAAGGCACGCCUAAUCCAGUGCAUGAUGCUGGUUGCCUUUUGGACGACUCUUUUGCAGUGCUGAGAGGGCAGCAAGUUUGAGCAUGUCCAGACACCUAGGUCUUUGUGCGUGUCCACUUCUUUUAGUGGAACCCCAUUUAUGGUGUACUGAUGUUUUGGGAAGCGCCCCCGUCCAGAUUCUAGUCGCAAGACUACACACUUGGAUACGUUAAACGCUAGAACUAAUAGGACGGUAAUUUUCGGGCUCCAGUCUGCAUCCUCCUUUAUAGAUUGGAGAAAUAUGGGCCGUUUUCCACUCCUCCGGCAGUUCGCCUUCGUCCAUGGACUUUCGAAAUAUCAUGGACACCGGCUAACAGAGUACAUCAGCUAAUUCUCGGAGGACAAGUGGAUGAAUUCCAUCUGGACCAGGUGAUUUGGCAGGUUUCAGCCGGCGUAGUUCGGUCCUUAUCAACGUGGGUGAGAAGAAAAGAUUGUCUUCCAAUGCAGGACGGUCUACAUAAGGCAUGGCAGGAGGGUUUGUGUCAUGAGUGAAUACCGACUGAGAGAAAUUGGAGAAGGCUGAUGCUUUCAGAUGGUCAUCUGUCUCAGUUACACCGUUUUGGGAUCUUAGCGCUGGAAUCAGUUCACGAUUGCUCUGUCCAUUACGUAUGCAACUAUAGAGGAUUUUAGGAUACUACAAGGAAUUUGUAAUAAGCGCAGCUCAUAGUUGCCUUGAAGUCUAUGAGCCUCGCGUUUACACGAAUUCCGCUGUCGCAUGUAUUCCUUCAGAUCUUCAGAACUGUCUGUUUGUCGAUAGCGUCUCCACACUUUAUUUCUCCUCCUAAACGCGGUUUAAGACGGACGUUUGGUUGUUUUCUUUCGUCUAAGUGGACAGUUUAUGUCAACGAUUUUUUUGACCAGUGGGCUGAACGUGCUCCAUUAGUCAUUAACUGUUCCCUGCAAUGUUGUUGUCCACGGUAUUGCUGAGACUUGCGUCCGCAUGCUAGGAAAAUCCCCCUUCCGGAUAUUUGUUUGUAAUUGUUCAGGUGAAUUAGGCUGGAAGAACAGGGAAUACUCGAAGAGCAUCACAAUAUGAUCACUAGCACCAAUUGGCGGGAGAUCUUGUAUAUCCAGCACACUCUCCUCAUCUCAAGUGAGCACCAGGUCGAGGCAGUUUGAACGUUGCCCUUCCCUUACACGUGUCCUGAGAGUUAAAUUCUGAACAAUUCAAGCAAAUAUUGUCCGAAUGUGUUCGAUGGACCCGAAACCGCCCAAGCUUGCCAGUCGAUAUUGGGGGUGUUAAAGUGCCCGACAAAAAGGACGUCUCUGUUCGAGCAGGUCUUGUUCAGUUCCCUUAGGAGAAGGCUAUCGUGUUCGGAAAUCUGCAAACGCCAGCGGCCUGGCGUAUUUAGUGGAGAUAGUUAAAGAUAAGAAUUCCACUUCCGCUGUUGUUGUUGGAUUAUGCUCAGGGACCGCGGUUAGGUUGUAGCUAACAGAACAGCGACCCCUCCUCCUCGGCUUUUUCUGUCUCUUCUGAACAGUUGGUAGCCUUUGAGGGAUACCUCAUGAUCUCCAACAGCUUCUGAAAGCCAUGUUUCUGUCAAAGCGAUGAUAUCUGGUGUGUGCUCGUUGAUCAGAGUCCUGAGUUCAUACAUCUUGUUAAGCAGGCUCUGCGCAUUCGAAGAGGGCACCUUUAGUGUCCGUCUUCUUGGGGGAAACUGGCCCUGAUUACAAAGGGGGUUAGCCACAGGAACGAUCGCUUGAUCUGUAUUAGCUUGCCUUCCUUUAUUUUCAACCCCUUUUCCCACUCUUCUGUCCUUCUUUUCUGUUCUGUCCAGCGCUCCCUCAUCUUGUGUCUUACUGUCGGUUCGUAAUCCGGCUGAAAAAAUACUUCCUUAUGCGAAUGACGAAGAGCCAUCCUCCGUUCUCGGAGAUGUGAGGCCUUUGGUUCAUUUGCAAGAAUGAUUUUAAGAGGCCUUGGUAAUGCGCGCGACGCAUCUGCGUUUCUUAGACGGAAAGCUUUGUACACGGUAACACAUUAUCCGACAGAAGGAGGGCAUUUGAAUAUGUUUGGAAGAGGUUGAGAUCGUGUUCGAUUCUUUCUUUUGCAGUCGACGAACUGGACUCAGGAGCUCACUUUAUGACGAUGUUUCGUUCUCGGUAGAGAUGCCUGUUUGGAAGAGAGUCCCUACGUCCCCAGCAUUCCCCGUGUGUUUUCUGCUAUUUGAACUCCUUUUUCAACUUGCCUUGUUUCAUUUCCGACAAACAAGAAAUGCGCAAACUUGGAGUAAAUCUAUCCGAAUGGGCUCCCUCAGGCACGCUCCAAAGUUUCCUAUAAAAAUUUCAGCUAAAAUCCAUCAGCUACCGCUUCAUAUUAACAAACCGCCAACAGGCAGCCAGUAGUAUAGAACUGUGCAAAUAGUUUACCGUACUAACAACACAGGUAUUAGCUAAAAGCCCAGACACGCGUCUUUCGCCCAUCUUAUGCCGCUGCCUGACGCAGCUGCCAGGGCUUCGGCUCGACAGUCGGUCCCCCAGCAUUCCCCGUCUCUUUUAUGCUAUAUGAACUCCAGUUUCAACUUGACUUAUAUCAUCUCCGAGGAAAUGAAUGCGCGUACUCACAGUAAAUCAUUCGAAACAGGCGUUUUCAAGCACGCUGAAAUGUUCGGUAUGAAUAUCUGAACAGAAAUAUAUCAGAUAGUGCGGAAAUACCGCUUAAAAUUCACAAACCUCCAACAGGCAGCCAGUAUAAUAGAACUGUGCAAUGGUUUACCGUACUAACAACACAGGUAUUAGCUAAAAGCCCAGACACGCGUCUUUCGCCCAUCUUAUGCCGCUGCCUGACGCAGCUGACAGGGCUUCCGCGCGUCAGUCUCUCCCCCAACAUUCCCCCUCUGUUUUCUGCCAUACGAACUCCAGUUUCAACUUGCCUUCUUUCAUUUCCGAGGCAAUGAAUGCGCGAGCGUGGAGUAAAUCUUCCCAAACGGGCAUUUUCAGGCACGCUUCAAAGUUUGUUAUGAAUAUUUGAACUGAAAUCCAUCAGCAACCGCUUAAUAUUCACAAACCGCAAAUAUGCGUCCAGCAUCGCAUUAGUGCGCAAUUAAAGUGAACCCCAGGUAAGCGGAAUGUUGCCUUGUUUCUUUGCCUGCAAUGAGCUAUCUCAUUUUCCAGACAACCUUCCCAUUGCCCUUUCCGCCUCUGCGCUGUCGAAAACCGUUUGUGUCGACUGCGGGACACCGUACAUUCAACUGCGCUAGACGACCUCGUAUGUGCACGCCGCCAACUUCAUCAUCGACUGCGCCAGAUGCAGGACGCCUGGACUGCUCGCAAAGCUGAGGAGAUCCAAUGCUACGCGGAACGCAACGAAUGGAAGAACUUCAUCUCCGCAAUCAAAGCUGUCUACGGUCCGCCGACGUAGGGCACUCUCCUAACUGAGAAGACACAAAUCCUGCAGCGAUGGGCCGAGCAUUUCCGAGGCGUCCUCAACCAUCACUCCGCCAUCCCCGAAGUCGCCGUCGAGCGCUUGCCGCAAGUGCAGACCAACGAGGACCUCGACCUCCCGCCCUCUCUCCAGGAAACCAUCAGGGCCGUGCAGCAGCUCUCCAGCGGGAAAGCACCCGGAUCGGACGCAAUCCCUGCUGAGGUCUACAAGCACGGAGGUCCCCAACUGAUGGAUCAUCUGACUGCGCUCUUCCAGGAGAUGUGGCGUCAAGGUGAAGUCCCGCAUGAUUUCAAAGACGCAAAUAUCGUGCCCCUAUACAAGCGAAAAGGGAAUCGCCAAGUCUGCGACAACCACCGCGGUAUCUCCCUACUGAACAUCGGCGGGAAGAUCUUCGCUCGCAUCCUGCUCAACCGCCUCAACAACCAUCUGGAACAGGGCCUUCUGCCGGAAAGCCAAUGCGGCUUCCGUCGUCAUCGUGGGACCACUGAUAUGAUCUUCGCCGCCCGCCAACUUCAGGAGAAGUGCCGGGAGAUGCGGACCCACCUGUACUCUACCUUUGUGGACCUGACGAAAGCCUUCGACACGGUGAAUCGUGAAGGACUGUGGAAGAUCAUGCAGAAAUUCGGCUGUCCGGAGCGAUUCACUCAGAUGGUGCGUCAGCUGCACGACGGUAUGAUGGCGCGAGUCACGGACAACGGAGCUGUCUCAGAGGCAUUCGCAGUGACCAACGGAGUGGAGCAGGGCUGUGUGCUGGCGCCUACCCUCUUCAGUCUUAUGUUCUCUGCCAUGCUGAUGGACGCAUACCGCGACGAACGCCCUGGAAUCCGCAUCGCCUACAGAACGGACGGUCAUCUCCUGAAUCAACGGCGCAUGAACUUCCAAUAGCGUGUAUCCACAGCCACCGUGCACGAACUCCUCUUCGCCGACGACAGCGCCCUGAACACCACCUCCGAAGCGGAGAUGCAACGGAGCAUGGACCUAUUCUCCGCCGCCUGCGAGAACUUUGGGCUGGUUAUCAACACACAGAAGACGGUGGUGAUGCACCAACCGCCACCCAACUCAGUCACAGCCCCCAACGCGCCGCAAAUCAGCGUGAAUGGGACUCAUUUGCAAGUGGUAGAGAACUUCCCGUACCUGGCCAGGACGCUCUCCCGCAACAGCAAGAUCGACGACGAAGUCGCCAACAGGAUCUCGAAAACCAGUCAAGCCUUCGGUCGCCUCCAAAGCACAGUUUGGAAUCGCCACGGACUCAAACUCAGCACGUAGGUGAAGACGUAUAAGACCGUCAUCCUGCCGACGCUGCCGUGCGGAGCGGAGACUUGUACGGUGUACACAAAGCAGGCACGCCGACUGAACCACUUCCACCUCAGUUGUAUUCUUCGCAUCCUGAGGCUGAGCUGGAAGGUCGAAUCCGCUACACCGAUGUGCUGGAACGGACGGGAAUCCUCAGCAUCUACACCAUGCUGAGACAAACGCAGCUGCGUUGGAGCGGCCAUCUAGUGCGCAUGUACGACGAGCGAUUACCAAAACGACCCUUCUACGGAGUCGUCGCCACGGGCUCUCGCCGUCAAGAAGACCGAAUUCGCCGUUACAAGGAUACCAUGAAGUCCUCCCUGAAGCGCGUGCAAAUCAACAUGGCCAACUGGGAAGACCUCGCCCGCGAUCGACCGACAUGGAGGAGGACAGUGAAGACAGGCGCUGAAAUCUACGAAGCCAACCACAUCGCCGUCGCCAAAGUGAAACGCGAAGGCCAAUCGGCAUCGAAAACGCACAACCGCUUCCAACAUGUCCUCGAUGUCAACGGGCAUUCCGGGCUCGAAAAGGACUUGUUGGACACCUUCGGAUCAACUGCACUUCUCGAACCGCACCAACCAUCUUCCCCCCGCCCGCCUCUUCCUCCCCGCCACCGCCAACUAAUUCUGACAAUUCUUCUGAACCACCACUUCCAUCCUCCUCCUCGGCCUCCACUUCCUCCUCCUCCUCCUCCUCCUCCUCCUCCACUGCUCCAACGACGGCCGCUCAGGCGACUGUCACGCGCGCAACGGCCGACACUACCACCACCUCCCCCGAAUCCAGUGAUGAGGAUCAGGACUACACCUGCACUCACUGCGACCGCACAUUCACCUCACACAUCGGCCUGGUCGGUCACUUGCGAAUCCAUCGCACAGUGA